AUGGAGUCUGACCAAGAUAGUGAUGAUUGUGAAUAUGAAAUGACGGAACAACGAACGAAUGAACGUCGAAUUGAGCGACAAUUAGAUGAUUUUCGUGUAAAAUGGAAAACAGAAAUUCAACAAAGAACUGUCUAUGGACAUGUUCUCAAUGAUAAACAAAAAGAGCAACAAGAGGAAGCUAUUAAUAAUGAGGAACAAGCUAAACAUUUUUUUGAACGUGCUACAGAAUUAGAACGUGAAGGAAAGUUAUACGAUGCUAUAAAAUAUUAUCGAGCAGCAAUGCAAUUAGUACCUGAUAUUGAAUUUCGUAUGGCUCGAAAAGGACAACAACAAACCACAACAACAACGGAAUUCAAUUCCAAAGAAGGAAAUAUUAAUGAAGAUCUACAUACAAAUGAAGCAUGUGACGAUGAAAAUAAUCUUAUUGAUUCAUUACAACUUGUCAAUGUAGAUGAUAAUGAACGUUCAAUUAUAUGUACGAAAAAUUUUCCUCAACAAGCUACACAUAUGUCAUGUAUACCAUCGGAAGUAUUAAUUUAUAUAUUUCGUUGGGUUAUAUCAUCUGACUUAGAUGUUCGUUCAAUAGAACAAUGUGCACGUGUAUGUCGAGGUUUUUAUAUAUGUGCACGUGAUCCUCAACUAUGGAAAAUGAUUUGUUUUAAAACUUGGGGUGUUAAUACUGGAAAUUCAUCUGUACAUAUUAAUUGGCGUCAUAUGUUUAUUAAUAGACCACAUGUCGUUUUUAAUGGUGUGUAUAUUAGUCGAGCAUCAUAUAUUCGUCAAGGUGAACAAUCUUUAGAUACAUUUUAUUCACCAUGGCAUCUAGUUGAAUAUUAUCGAUAUAUGCGUUUUUUUCCUGAUGGUGUUGUUUUAAUAUAUACAAGUGCUGAUGAACCUCGUACAACAGUUGCUCGUUUAAAAAGUCGAUAUUCAAUUCGUGAUCCAUCACUUAUUUUUGGAAAUUAUCGUUUACAAAAUAAUCGAGUCGUAAUUGUAGCAAAACGUACGGCUCAACGUUCUACUACUAUGAAUAAUCCACAAAGACGUGCUGGCAAAGAUUUGUCAUUAUCUGAUGUUGAACAAACUAUGAAUAUGGAAUUUGAAAUGUCUGAUGUUGGAAAGAAAAAACAUCAUCAACUUAUAUGGGCACAUUAUGAGAUUCGAUUUACGAAUAAACGAACAAGUGAUGAACGUUCUACAGUACUUAAUGUAACUAAUGAUCGUCAUACAUAUCCACCAUUAAUCUUUUCACGAGUUAAAAGUUACGUUCUCUCAGCAGAACAACCUCUUAAAUGA